UGGAGGUCUCCAGGUGUAAUGCGCUCCGUCAGCGGCGGCUCAUGACAGGCGGGGAGGGGGAAGGAAGAAGUGGAAGCCGCGGAUCCAUCUUCAAGAGAAAAUAGGAAAGACACCGCGUUUCCACCAGUUUUAUUUCGUUUUUUUUAGCGGCACCUUUCCUUGUAAAUACGUGUCAGGGAGCCCGAGGUGAGGGCUGUGUCAUUGUCUGUAGGAUGUCCCGACAUGAAGGUGUGAGCUGUGACGCGUGUUUAAAAGGGAACUUCAGGGGGCGCCGAUACAAGUGUUUAAUCUGCUACGACUACGACCUGUGUGCGUCGUGUUACGAAAGUGGAGCCACCACAACACGACACACCACCGAACACCCCAUGCAGUGCAUACUAACCAGGGUAGACUUCGAUCUGUAUUACGGUGGAGAGGCGUUUUCAGUAGAGCAGCCCCAGUCGUUUACUUGUCCCUACUGUGGCAAAAUGGGUUACACAGAAACAUCUCUACAGGAACACGUAACCUCGGAGCAUGCAGAGACAACCACAGAGGUGAUCUGCCCCAUAUGUGCAGCUUUGCCCGGAGGCGACCCCAAUCAUGUGACGGACGACUUCGCUGCUCAUCUCACACUUGAACACAGAGCACCAAGAGAUUUAGAUGAGAGCAGCGGGGUGCGGCACGUGCGCCGGAUGUUUCACCCUGGGCGUGGGCUCGGCGGCCCUCGGGCACGGAGGACUAACAUGCACUUUACCAGCAGCUCCACUGGGGGGCUCUCAUCCUCACAAAGCUCCUCUUACUCCCCUAGCAAUCGGGAAGCCAUGGACCCUAUAGCAGAGCUGCUGUCUCAGCUGUCAGGAGUUCGGCGCUCGGCAGGCGGUCAGCUGAACCCUUCAGGCCCUUCAGCCUCGCAACUACAGCAGUUGCAGAUGCAGUUGCAACUCGAGCGGCAGCAGGCGCAGGCGGCACGUCAGCAACUGGAAACGGCACGCAACGCCACGCGCCAGCGCAGCAACGCGAGCAACAUCAGCGCCAGCGUGCCACCACCUAGCACUGCAACAAACACAGCCAUAAACGAGAGUAACCCGAUGGCCUCCCACAGCUCCCAGUUCCUCCUCACACGGUUGAACGAGCCAAAGAUGUCUGAGGCGGAGCGUCAGGCUCUGGAAAGCGAGCGUGCCGACCGGAGCCUGUUCGUGCAGGAGCUGCUGCUGUCGACGCUGAUGCGCGAGGAGAGCUCCUCCUCCGACGAGGACGAGCGGCGAGACUUCGCAGACUUCGGCGCCAUGGGCUGCGUGGAGAUCAUGCCCUUGGACGUGGCGCUGGAGAGCCUCAACCUGAAGGAAAGCUCUGCAGGCAAAGAGCCUCCACCUCCUCCUCUUUGAUGAUAUCCCACCACCACGCAGACAAUGUCCUCUGUGCUGUAACUGCCAAUGACGGUGGGCAAACACACAGCUCUCACUUUUUUUUUUUCUGGUUAUUUUUUUUUUUUGUUGGUUUGUUUUUUGUUUUUUUUAAAAAUAAUUUUAUUUUACUUUUUCUCUUUUUUUUUUUGGUGAUUUUCAGGUCUGUCACCUGUUACAUUGUAAAAAUCCAUAAAGAGCGAGAAUGAGGGAGUGAAAGUGAGAGCGAGAGAGAGAGACAGAAAGAGAGAAAAAGAACAAGCGUGUGAAAGACAGCGAGCACGCAGAAGACAAUGAAAUCGUAUGGUGUGUGUGUGUGUGUGUGUGUGUGUGUGUUGAUAAUCAGUUCCACAUGACUAAUUUUUUUUCCUUUAGCAGGUGAGCGUAGGUAGCUGCGGCAGACCUUCAGCUUCCUGUGUCUAACAAAAAAAAAAGGCUCUCCUUAUAUAAAUACUCCACAUUCUAAAACUGAAGACAGAGUCCUUCUUUAAUGAAGCUGCUGUGUGUAUUUAUGAAUAGUAAUUAAUAAAAAGUGCUUGGAUGGUUUACCAUAACUACUGCAUGAGGUUAUUUGCAGUGUGCAUGAUUUUUAAUGACACUGUCAUUAAAAUGGCAAAAAAUCCCAAAGCGUUCUUUAAUUUGAUUUUAUUUUUUUAUCAUUUUUUUUUUAAUUUUAAAUUUUUUUUUUUUUUUUUAAAGAGUUACUUGAACUGAAAGAAAAAAGUGUUUUGAAUUUAUGGAAUAUUAUAGAAUCAGAAUUUAUUUAACUAUUUUAUAAAAGGAAAUAAAAAGCAAACACGAGGGGGGAGAAAAAUGGAAACGGUAAGAAAGCAACGCAACGUCACGUCUCCGCUCCGAUCUGCCCUUGCUUUCAGACAACCCAUCGUAACCUGAUACCCAGUGCUGCAAAAAAAAAGAAAGAAAUAGAAAUAAAAUGAAGGGGGGAAAAAGGAAGGAAAAAAAACAAUGGAAAAAAAAAAGAAAAGAAAAAAUGUACAAGUUAAUACAAUAGUCUUUUUUUUUUUUUUUGCCAAGAACUAAACAAAAAUCUAUACAGGCAAAAAUAUAACCUCCUUUUCUGUUCUGUUUUGGUUUUUCUUUGUUUUUUUUUUUUUUGUUUUUUAUUUUAUUUUUUUAAAGACAUUAAUGUUUUAGUGACAACUGUGUAAUCACCAGAUGUACUUUCUAACUUUUGCACCUGUACAGAACAGUUAGCCUCUCCAUGCUUCAUCUUGCUCUGCUUCUUCCAAUAGCGCCUGCUGCUCCUGAACGAAUCCUCUGAGCCGGAGUGCAGAUAGACGAUCAGUUUUAAUUGUUUCUUUUUGUUUGUUUGUUGUUUUUCCCCCCUUCUUUCGUUCCCUGGCCGAUUAAAAUCACUGUACAAAGGAGGAAUCUGCGCCUGCAUCGGCAUUCCUACUCAUAAAGCUCAAAAAAAAUUUCUUUACAUGGUGAAGGACAGCUGGAGACUUUGCCACCUAGUUUUUGUUCGACAUUAAACAGAAAAAGAAAAAGAA